AUGAAACGUGACAAGGAUAAUUGGUGGGCCGUAUGCAAAAUUAAGCCAAGACAAAUUAUUGAUGCUCCACUAGCAAAUUUGGCAUUCCAAGAAGAUGAAAUCGAAGAGCACUCUAUUGACAAUAUCGAUGACAUACCGAGACCUCUAAAUGAUUCAAAUGGAGGUUCCAUGGAGGUUGAUAAUAGCCAUGAUUAUAUACUGGAAGAUGAAAUUGAAACAGAUUAUGAAACUGAAGACAAAUUAGAAAAUGAUGAAGAUGAAUACAUUUCCGAUGAUAAUAAGUUGACUAGAUUUAGAGGUGGAAGGAGUGGAGGCCGCACUUCUCAUGCUCAUUCAAACAUUGAAGGAUCAAGCAAUGUUGAUAGUGUACCAUUUUCAAAUGCCACUAUUCCAAGUGUUGAGGAAACAGUGAAUGGUAUUGGAUCUCAACAACCUAAUCAAAAUGUUGUAGCUAUUAUUGAUACUCAAGCAAACUAUGGAAGUACACAAGAUGCUUCAACUAUUGUUGGGAGGUUACGUAUCACAGUUGUAAAUGGAUUGUUAGAGCCAUCUAGCAAAUGUGCAAAGAUAAUCACAAAAAAUUUUAAGGAAAAAGUUGACUUUGAAGGAUACACAUGGAAGACAGUGUCACAACCUAUAAGUGACUUUUAUUUUGAAGAAUUUCGGAAACACUUUAUUUGGGAUUCCUCAUUAGAGGCACAAGUAAAGGAGGCUUGGGUUUUGAAAGCCUCACAACGAUAUAGUGAUUUUUUUAGGGAUAUAAGGGAUGUAACAACAAAGCCAGAGUAUCUAAGUGAGGAGGAGUACAAGCAUUGGAAAGCUAUUUGGGAUAGACCUACAUUUAAGAAGAAACAAGAGAUAAAUUCUAAAAAUCGACAUAGUAUUGCUGGGCCAUCAUGCCAUACAGGAGGGUCAAUAUCUAAUGUUGAGCAUGGGAAGAAGCUUGAAUCUAAAUUGGGCCGAAAAGCCACUCCACAUGAGCUUUUUUUGCAUACUCAUACUAAAAAACAUGAUGGGGAAACUUUUGUAGAUCUCAAGUCAAAGACAAUCAAUGAUAAGAUGUUGACCUUGAAACAACAUGCAAUUUCUACAGAAUCUGCAUCAACAAACUCAAGACCUACUCCAGUAGAUGAAUUGACCCUUUAUAUUGAAGCUGUUGGUGGAGAGAAGAAAAGAAGAGUCUAUGGUCUUGGUUCUCAAGCAUCUUCCUAUUAUGGAUGCUCUAAUUCAAAUGUCAAUAACUCAACUGCAACAUUUACUAUGCAAAAUAAUGAAGAUUUACAAAAUGAGUUAGAAUAUGUCUGUAAUCAACUACAAAUCCAAGAAGAGCGGCAUCAACAAGAGCGUCAAGAAACUCAACAAGAGCUUCAAACAAACUUGACAAGAGGUGGCUGAAAUGAGGAGGAUGUUACAAUUACUUAUAUCUGAAAAUCAAGCACCUUCUCAAAUAAAUCAAUCAGGUCAUGAUGAAGAUGUUGAUCCUACUCCACCAACUUAGUAGUUAAUGUUCUUAUCUUGUGACAUAUUUCUCCUAUUUGUUGCUUGCUUGUGAUACUUUUGAGUUUUAGUAUUUGCCACUUAUAUUAGCUAUAUGUGCUUGAAGCUAUUUUGAAUAUGAAUUGUGUUGUUUUUUAAUG